ACAAACGACAUCCCUCCGUUUGCAGCAGCCCGUUCCCGGCAGGUGGCUCCGCUGGGGGCGUGUGUGUGGCUGCGGCCGCCACGGAAGGCCGCCGACAAGGGCCCAGGCAGACGGGGACGGCUCCUCGAGGUCGCGUUGCUAGGCUCCCCGGAUCAGAAGAGGCCGAGGCGUGAACAGACGGAGAAGCUGAAGGAAGGAAGGGAAAGAGGCGCCUCGCUUUGGAUUCAUGGAAGGAACACAGAAUAUUUUAUAUUCAGGAAUACAAGAAAACCAACAAAGUGGAGCCAAGUACAUGCGGCAGCUUCAUGGGCUUGAAGGAUCACUUGGGGCAUGACCUAGGCCACCUCUAUGAGGACAGUGCUGAGACACAGAUAAGUGCAAUUGCACCGUGGUCGAUGGUAGAGAAACCAACAAUGGAUAAAAUUAACUCUAGGAAGGAGGAUACGAACAAGGAGACAUCUGAAGAAACUGAGAGCUCCAGUUGUGAUUCUGAGGCAAGCACAAAUUCUGAUAAUGAAUCAGAACAACCAACUAACACUGGAACAGAAUCAUGCUCGUUGCCUAAGACUCACAGACAACUGUGUAGAUCUCCUUGCCUGGAACCCCAUAUACUAAAACGCAAUGAAAUCUUGCAGGACCUUAAGCUAGAAGAAGCCCAUAUAGUAUCUAAAGAAAUUAAGAAACCCCCUGACGUGGUAAAAGAAUAUCAAACCAAACUGGAGUUUGCACUUAAGUUAGGUUACUCUGAAGAACAGGUUCAGCUUGUACUAAAUAAGCUUGGUACUGAUGCUUUAAUCAAUGAUAUACUGGGAGAGCUUGUCAAACUUGGAAAUAAAACUGAGACGGAUCAGAGUGUAAGUAAUAUUAAUACUAGCAUAAUACGGGAGACAUCUUCUGUUGAAUCUCAGAGGUCUGACUCUCCCCUUCAGGACGAUGUGCCAGUGGAUGGUGAUAACCUGAGACCUAUAGUUAUUGAUGGCAGCAAUGUGGCAAUGAGCCAUGGAAACAAAGAAGUAUUCUCUUGUCGGGGAAUAAAACUGGCAGUGGACUGGUUUUUGGAAAGAGGCCACAAAGAUGUUACGGUGUUUGUGCCAGCAUGGAGAAAAGAACAAUCACGACCAGAUGCUCUCAUUACAGACCAAGAAAUCUUACGUAAAUUGGAAAAGGAGAAAAUUCUGGUGUUCACCCCAUCCCGCCGCGUUCAGGGGAGAAGGGUGGUAUGCUAUGAUGACAGGUUCAUAGUGAAAUUAGCCUUUGAGUCAGAUGGUAUCAUUGUAUCUAAUGAUAACUACAGGGAUCUUGCUAACGAAAAGCCAGAAUGGAAGAAGUUCAUUGAUGAACGGUUACUGAUGUAUUCAUUUGUCAAUGACAAAUUCAUGCCUCCUGAUGAUCCUCUUGGCCGCCACGGCCCAAGUCUGGAUAAUUUUCUAAGGAAGAAACCUAUUGUACCAGAACAUAAGAAGCAACCAUGUCCAUACGGGAAGAAAUGCACCUAUGGACACAAGUGCAAAUACUACCAUCCAGAAAGAGGGAAUCAGCCCCAGAGGUCAGUAGCUGAUGAACUUCGUGCCAUGUCUAGGAACACAGCUACCAAAGCUGCUAGUGAAGGAGGGUUGGUGAAAAGCAACAGCGUUCCUUGUAGCACUAAGAUUGAUAGCACUUCGGAUCUCAAACGAGCUACUCCAAAGAGGCAAUCAGAUCCUAGCAUAAGGACUCAAGUCUAUCAAGACUUGGAGGAAAAGCUUCCCACCAAAAACAAGUUGGAAACCAGGUCUGUACCUUCUUUAGUUAGUAUUCCGAAUUCUGCUGCUGCAAAACCCCAAAGUACUGCACCUUUAAGCAAUGGCCUUCCAUCUGGAGUUCAUUUCCCACCUCAGGAUCAAAGACCGCAGGGACAAUAUCCUCCAGUGGUGAUGGCAACCAAAAAUCAUGGAACGCCAAUGCCUUAUGAGCAGUAUCCAAAAUGUGAGUCUCCUGUGGAUGUAGGUUACUAUUCGAUGCUAAAUGCGUAUUCAAACUUGGGUAUCUCUGGCCCACGAAGUCCUGAAAGGCGUUUUUCUUUGGACACAGAUUACAGAAUUAGUUCUGUAGCCUCUGAUUGUAGUAGUGAAGGGAGCAUGAGCUGCGGCAGUAGUGAUUCCUACGUAGGCUACAAUGAUCGGUCCUAUGUGAGCUCUCCUGAUCCUCAGCUGGAAGAGAAUUUAAAGUGCCAACAUAUACAUCCCCAUAGCCAUCUUAACUCUCAGCCGUUCCUGCAGGGCUACCAUGAUACAUUAACGAGAGUGCAAAGUUACAGUCAUGAAGAACCAAAGCAUCAUCACAAACCUCCACUUCCGUACAUGGCUGUACAUCUUCAGCAUCCUACUCUUGGCACCCGCUCGAGUUGUCCUGGUGAUUAUCCUACCCCUCAGAGUUCACAGCAUUCUAAGAAUGUGCAUCUGGGAAGAGCCCUUGUGUCCACAAGAAUAGACAGCAUAUCUGACUCACGUUUGUAUGAUAAUUCCCCAUUGAGGCAAAGGAAAUCCUACUCUGGACAAGAUGGACUGGGUAGUUGGGAUAGGCAAGGCUAUGGGAUUGAUGCUUAUGGCUACCGUCAAACUUACUCUUUGCCCAGUAACCCUUCCCAGCCAUGUUAUGAGCAGUUUGCCUUCCAAAGUUUACCUGAGCAGCAAGAUCAGCCUUGGCGGAUACCUUACUGUGGAAUGCCGCAGGAUCCUUCAAGGUAUCAGGACAACCGAGAGAAAGUCUAUAUAAACCUGUGCAACAUCUUUCCUCCGGACCUUGUGAGAAUUGUUAUGAAAAGGAAUCCUCACAUGACGGACGCUCAGCAACUGGCUGCAGCCAUUUUAGUGGAAAAAUCUCAGCUAGGUUAUUGACGACGUGACGACGACAAUGCAUCUUUAAGGUGUCUAUUAGUUCAGUCUCAGCUGUAAUGCUGAGGGAGGUUUGCUACAAUAGCAUUUGUGAUCUCCUUCUCAGCAAGGAGGUUAUCUAGUAAUCCAUUUAUGUGAAAUAGUGUGCUAUGGAAUCUGUAUGUACAACCCCAUGCAUUGGAAGCGAAAGGUUUGUUUAAAAUGCUAACUUCAAGUUUUUUUAAAGAAAUGUCAUGACUGGAAGAUCUUUCCAGCUUAAUAUAUUAUUAUGUCUGUGGUCUCUGAUAAAGAAUCUUUGGUUCAGUGGGGGGUUUUAUAUGCAGCACUUUUGAAAGUUUAUGUGUUUAUUAAGUUAAUGGGUGUUUUUGUCCUUCAAGUGCAAAACAUUUUUAAAAAAGGAAAACUCUGUGGAAAAUAGAGAGGAUUGUAAUACACCCAGCAAACGGUUUUCAAGCUAAGCUUAUUAUGAAUUAUUUUUUAUUGCAAUUAAGUUAUUUUUAUUUUAUUUGUGUGAUUUUCUUUUUGUGCUAUAAUUAUUUUAUUUAUAGAAAACAAAGGUCUUUUAUAGCACUGACUUUAUUUUUUAAACAGUAUGUGUGAGUUACCACUUUUAAUGUUGAAAUCGGUAACAAUAUAGCAGUACUUUAUAGUAUGGCACUUUUCAUAUGUGUUUUUUUUUAACCUGAAAUUAUUUGGUGAUUACUGUUGAUUUUGGUGUAAGCAGAUGCAAUCAGUAGGAGAGCCUGCCAUCAUUAAUUUAUUAUUAUGUAGAAGGCAAAAGCCUUUCCUGUGCAGGCUUUGAAGAUGCCAAGCUCCUACAAACUCAUGCAGUUUAGGUGACAACCUUCUCCAGAUGUUGUAUACUUCCAGUCAUUGGAAAUGGCAGAUGAAAUGGAGAUUUGUUUUUAGAUGUGUCUCUUGCUCCUCUGAUUGAUGCAUAGGUAUACUGAAUAUGAUGCCUUUUUCAUAAAAGUACCUAUUUUAAAUGAAAAAAAUUGUUCUCGAUGCAAUUUUUGUAUAUAAGAUACUGUGUAUUUUUUCAUCUAUUUAUCAAGGCUGGCCUGAGGAAGGUGUCAUGUUGUGUUGAAGAUAUGCAACAUUUUAAUAACUGCACUGUAGUAAUAAUAGUAUAGCUGAGAACGGUCCUUUUUUUUCUUUUCUUUUUUGUAAAAUACUGUUAGAAAUUCUGAAAGUUAGGUUUUCUGGCCUGUUGUAUUCCGUAGGCCUGAUUCUUGCCACAAACAAUGUAGUUUUAGAAGCAGACAGAAUGGUCUCUUCUAGUAUUAGUAAGGGAUAUUUCUGGUUUUGAGUCAUGGGUUCUGCUCUCUCUUUUAAAAUAUACUUUUACGUAGAUAUAUUAAUAGUAGAUCUUGCAGUCAGUGACAGUAUUACUUAGAUGUCAUCAUCAACCACUUACAACACUUGGAUUUCCCUGCAGAGCAGCGUUGUGUGUGGAUUCCAAUUGUAAAUGUUGUUGCUAAUAAUAACUGGGUUUAUAGCUGCUGCUUGAAGACCCCGUAGAACCAGAAAGAACCUUUUACUGUUGAUACAAAUUGUAUCUUUAACUGUGAGAACUGUUUUGAUGUAUAGACCUAUCUUUACAAAAACAUGGACAAAUGUGUAAAGAUAAUUAGACUUUUGGGCAACAUUUUAUCCCUUAUUUAAAAGCUGUAGAAUCAGAACCCAGAAAUUUCAUAGGUAGACAAAUACUCAGGUCUUUAUAAUGUAUAAAAUAUGUUGAUCUUUUUAAAAAAAAAUGGCCUAUCUUUUCCUUGUCAAAUGAUAACAAGUAAGAUCAUAUCAAGAAAAUAAUGGUAAAAUGCUGCCUGAAAAGAAUGUCCAAGCACCUUUUGAAUAGGAAAACAUUUUUCACUACUUGUGUGACACUGUGUGUUGCAAGAAGUAGGAUUUUGGUAUACAGGAAAUGCUCAUGCAAAGCAUUGUACUUGUAAAUGUAUCCAAUAAUCUGAACCAUGUUCAGCUAAUUCAGGAACUGUUCUUCUACACAGCUUUCACUGUUGACAAGUGAGACGGGAUCUCAGUUUAGUUAGGUCCAUCUGCUGUCCUGUAUCAGUUCAGGCAGCUCUGUUUUCUAUUCUGUCCCCCUCUGCUUACAGAGAACUUUAUUUUGCUAUUAAUUUCUUUCCUUCUCCUUACCUUCAUUUCCCCCCGUUGGACAUGUUUUAAUGGAAGUCAUACAUCAUGAAUGGAAACAGGGUGCAAUUAAUCUAUGUACUUCUCCUUUGCAGGCCUCUUGAAACAAAUGGGAAGUGCACAGAAGCAUGACUCGUUCAUGGCAAUGGGGCUUCUCCAUGAGAAAUGCCUGCAUGGGUUGCCCCACAGGAAAUAGUUGGUUCAUAUUUUGUUUAUGACUUAUAUUUUAACUGGUAUUUCAGUGACCAUUUUAUCACUAUAUUCAUGUGUCUUUCUAAAGAUCUAAAUGGGUCCCUGCCUCUAGAGAAUGCAAAUGCAUUUGUCUGGAAUAGAAUCGUUUCAUUUUUGUUUUUAGUUAAAUGUUACCUUGGUGUGUGGCAUGUUAACCAAAGUAGGCUUAGCUGCAGCCUACAACUUGUGAGAGGGUUUGAUCGUGCCCUGGGUGCUACAGUGUGAACAGAGCUGCUACUUUGAAUGUUUAAUACAUAAUCAUUAAUCUAAAUAGAUAUUAAACAGCAGCCUUUGCAUCUACUGGACUAGAGAAUCCAGAAUGUUCAAACUGUGAAGCUAACCCUACAGCACCUUCUCUUUGGUGUUGUUCAUAUCUGGUCUUUUUGUGAUGGCCUUUCUUGGGCAUGUUAUGUACGCAUUUAUUAAAAAUUGAUAGAAAAACCAGUUACUCUGUGUUCUACAAGAGCCUUUCCAUGCUUGCCUCUUUCUGACCUAUAAAGGAUGCAAAAUCCUGCCGCAAGGAUAUCCUUUUCCGGAAAAAAGAUUAGACUGGCUCAUCCCAGGUUCAUAUCUGAAGCAGCUCCUUGAAUAAUCAGUUGCUUUUGCUAAGCCUAGUGACUGGCCCUUUCUGUGCUCUUUAACAACUUUUCGGAAGAACUAAAAAUGUGUUUUGCAAACAGAAAGGGAAGUAGUUAUUUGGUAGUGUGCAGCCACUGGGCUUUUUUACCUGACUGUAUGUCGCAGACUACUUCCUUUGAGAACACCGGUCCUUAAUUUGUCAGCAAAGAUUCAAGAUCUGUUGCCAUUCCCCUAGGACUGUUUUUUCCAGAGUAUUUUUAAAAACAGGUUUGAGCAAUGGCUGGUCAGGGUCAGAAAAAGAAACAUGGUCCUGCAACAGAGAUGUCAUAUCUGUUUUACAUAAACUCUGAUCUUGGAGGAAGUUUUCAUGGGCUACAGCUGCAAAGGAAGAGCUUAAAAGCUGCCAUACACAUGGAGCCCCUGCAAACACUGGUUUGGAUUCCAGCCAUCGUAACUGUGAAAUUAAAUAUGCUAUCUGCAUAUAAUUUUAGAAGCUGAAAAUUGAGCUCUAGUCCUAUUGAUCACAACAGAUGAACACAGUAGAAGAAGCAGACUCAAGCCAACAUUGAAAUGGGACUUUAUUUGUGUGUGUGUGUGUGUGUGUGUUUUAAGCACUUAGCAAAAGGAAUAUAAGUUAUUCUGAAAAAAAAUCAGUGUUAGUAAUUUAUGGCUGUAACCGUAUCUGUGAAUAUAUAUAUAUAUAUAUGCAAGAUGUUAUUUAUUCAAUGUUCAUCUGACCAGAUUUUUUUAAAUCUCCUGGUAUGUCUCCAGAAGCAUCAAAGAUUAACAUGGUUAGUAUUGGUUUUUGCAAACUGACAGUAUUAAUCAUUUCCUCUCAAUGUUGCUUCUUUUCAGUAUCAUCUCUUAUUGGCAAUGCACCACUUAUACCAGCAGCUAGUUAUCUGAAGAAAGAUAUUGCCAGAAGUACUUCCACAUGUACUACUAUGCAUUGGGCUUUAAUUUUUCAUUUGAUCAAAUUGGACAAAAGUAAAUUAAAGUGCAAUGUUGGAGACUUCUUUGCAUGUGCAGUAGGCUCUACCAUAACACAUUUUCUAAUAUCCUGCCUGCUACAAUAUUCACUUUCAAAACAGAUUUCUUUCCCCAUGAUAAAAAGCGACUAUACAUGCUAGUUGUUCCUCCAUGACCCCAUGACAGCUUUUGUCAUCAUCUCGUCAUCUCUUCUUCCCAAGCUAUUUUAGCUACUCUGAUCCAAGGUUGGAAGAGUCAGAGACUCUUGCAUCUAAUUGGAUGGUGCAGUUGAACUGGUGAGUGGGAGUUUGAGGUAUGACAGAGGAGGAGACUAUGAGGGGGUGGGGGGAAGCGUGGUGGAAGACUCAAGGGCGUUGCAUACUAAAGUCCAAAGGCUUUUUCUUCUGCUUCAGGAAGGCUGAGAAUGACUUUCGCACAUAUAUCACUUUUCAUGUUGUCACUACGGGAUAGAUCCAAAUAUGUCAACUUCUGUAGUGCCUUUAAAAACCUACAUUAGGAUAUUUCAGAUUCUGAACUUUUUCAGAAAAUACUAAUAAUACCUUUUUAACCUUUGUCAUGGCACUUAUUGACAUAUGUAGAGUUAUAGGACUCCGUUUAAGUUUUCUUUGGGGUCUAAUUAGAUCUUGCAUUAACAGUUGCAUUAUAUGGCUGAUGUGCUGUUUUGGUUACCUGUAUUUAGAUGUGACCUUGAAGAGAUGCAUUAGCAUUACUGAGUAAAACUCCAAGCUCACCUCCUGGGACACUGGCCUCUCCCACACUAAAAUGUUUGUGUCCCCUCCCCGCUCGCCCCAUAUAAGAAUUGAAUAAAACACAUAAUGUAAAUUUCUAUAAUGUGGGUGUUUGUAACAUCAGUAUGAAGACUAAUGAAAUUUCUGCAUUGUCUAUGGAAACUCUCUUUGCUGGUGGUUUCAGCAGGUCAAAAAAAAGUUGAAUCCUCACUCAAUUUAUCUUUAUCAAAGCUUUGUUUUCUCUGUUGUAUUUUGUGAUGCUAUAUUUUAAAUAUAAAUUAAAAUAGGGAAUGAUAAAGAAUUGCAAUUUUAUA